UAGUUUUUUUUAGGGAAACUUCGAUAUUUUUCUUUUAGUAACUUAGCAUCCCAAUAAAAGUAGUUUUUCUAUACAAAAAAAGCGUGUAUUUAAAAAGUGUACUUAAAAAUGGCCGAAGGCGAGUACGACAAGGACCAAUUGAGAAUUUUGCGAAAUGCUUUCAAGGCAUUUGAUAACGAAGGCACAGGAUCUAUAGAUCAUGCAGAUGUUUCAAACAUUCUUGAAAUUUUGGGUCAAAAGCUUGAGCCCCCAGCAGUAAAGGCACUGAUCAAAGAAGUCGAUAAGGGAACUACUGGAAAAUUAAAUUUUGGUCAAUUUUGCAAGUUGGCCGCGCGGUUUAUCGAGGUCGAGGAAGAUGCUGGAGCAUUGCAAAGUGAACUCAAAGAAGCAUUUCGUGUAUAUGACAAGGAAGGCAAAGGCUAUCUUACAGUUGCUACCUUGAGGGGAAUUCUACACGAACUUGAUGAUAAGAUAUCAAGCCAAGAUUUAGAUUCGAUAAUUGAAGAAAUUGAUGCUGAUGGUUCAGGUACUGUUGAUUUUGAUGAAUUUAUGCAAGUGAUGACAGGCUAAGAAUGAGAGGAUGACAAGAUGAGAGGAUGGACCAGAAAGAAAGGGUUUCUAAUUUGGAAUUUAAUCAGAGAGAUAUAUCAUUAGUUACAAUUAGUUUUCAAUCAUGCUUAACUAUAUUGAAUCUGUAACGUGUUUAUUUAUUUAUCAGCAA